GAAGGUCUCUCUCGCCCUUCUCUUUCCUUCUUUCUCGGCUUGGAUCUCUCUGUUCGCUGCAAACGAUCGAUCGCGGCCAUGGCGAAUGGGAAGGACGUCAUCGUGAGCUUCGGCGAGAUGCUCAUCGAUUUCGUGCCCACCGUCUCGGGGGUUUCCUUGGCAGAGGCACCGGGGUUCAUCAAGGCCCCCGGCGGCGCGCCUGCCAACGUGGCCAUCGCCGUGGCCCGCCUCGGCGGUCUCGCGGCCUUCGUCGGGAAGCUCGGUGACGAUGAGUUCGGCCGCAUGCUCGCGGGCAUCUUGCGUUCCAACGGCGUUGACGAUGCCGGCGUCCUCUUCGACACCGGCGCCCGCACGGCGCUCGCUUUCGUGACCCUCCGCGACGACGGAGAGCGUGAGUUCAUGUUCUACCGCAACCCUAGCGCCGAUAUGCUCCUCACCGAGGGAGAGCUCAACCUCGACGUCAUCAAGAGCGCUGCGGUGUUCCACUACGGAUCUAUAAGCUUGAUCACAGAGCCGUGCAGAUCGGCGCACCUGAAGGCGAUGGAGGUGGCGAGGAAAGCAGGGGCGCUGCUCUCCUACGACCCCAACCUCCGGCUGCCUCUGUGGCCCUCGGCGGAGUACGCGCGGGAGCAGAUCAUGAGCAUCUGGGACCGGGCCGACAUCGUCAAGGUUAGCGACGUUGAGCUCGAGUUCCUAACCGGCACGGAUUCGGUAGAGGACAAGGUCGUGCUGACUCUGUGGCGGCCAGAGUUCAAGCUUCUGCUCGUGACCCUCGGGGAGAAGGGUUGCAAGUACUACACCAAGAACUUCAAAGGGAGUUUAAAUGGAUUUGCAGUCAAAACAGUAGAUACAACCGGCGCAGGAGAUGCAUUUGUUGGUGCCUUACUCCGCAAGAUUGUUAAUGACCAAUCUGUGCUACAGAAUGAGGAGAAGCUGAAGGAAGCACUCAAGUUUGCCAACGCAUGCGGAGCCAUCACCACCACCAAGAAGGGAGCCAUUCCUGCCCUGCCAAAUGAAGCUGAGGUCUUGAAGCUUCUGAAGGGAAUCUAAGGGGGAAAAAAAAAAAUGUUUCCUAGUCUUGAAUCUCAAGUUCAUCGCUGCAUUUGAGUUAAGUGCCAUUGGAGUUUCUGCUGUUUUAUUUUGUGUUUUUUUAAAAAUACUUUUGGCAUGAUAAUAAGGCUUUCCAAUUGUUGCUAGCAAUUUGGCAGGUAACUAGGUUUUGAUGUUUUUCAUUCUUGUUUUAGUUCUUUUGAGGUGACUUUAGGGGUUGCUUGGCAAUGUGACUGGUUGAUUGUUUCUGCCAUUUGGCAUGUUACGAACAUAUAUAGACAAGUAAAAAAGGAAAUUUGAAUUCUUA